AUGGCGUUGACAGUUGGUAUUCGGAACUCAGAAGAAACACCAAGAAUCUCGCAUGGGCGUUUUAAUCCCACACGUGUUGAUCUCAUCAACAUCCUUCGCAAGCGGAUUGAUAGAGGUGAACGCUCUAGUCUCAUAAUCGACAAUCAUAUUCUGUACGAGACAGCACCGUGGCUUGUUCAGCACGUAAGACAUGAUAGCUUCAGUGAGAAUGAGUGGUAUUACUUUGUCACGCGGAAACCGGUGGUGACGAGAAAACCUGACUCGUGGAGACCGUGCCGUAAGGUGGGUGAGUCAGGGAGAUGGAAGACAACUGGUUUGACUAAGGUUAUCGACAAAGAAGGAGUUAGGAUCGGUUCUCUGCACUAUGCAAGCUUCAUAACCAAUGGUGCAACACAGAGAGUUGGGAAAAAGACUGGUUGGACUAUGCAUGAGUUUCUUUUGGAUAGACCAGGUUUUCAAGAAUUGGUUCUCUGUAGAAUCCGGUUUCAUCCGAAUAAAGACAAUGAUCAAUAUGCUCCAAUAUUCGCACCUUUAAUGAUCGGACAGCCACAACCACCACCAGGCACGGAACACCAAGGGAUAAUGGGACAAGAAUCAAACGGUCCAUUAUUGAAUGAAGGCAUGGAGGUGCAUCAGAACUUUGGGUCUUAUGGUCAGCAGCAGCAAGACCAUAUUCCUAGAUACAUAGGGCAAUAUGGUCAAGGUUUUGGAGAUAUGGUUGAGAAUCAAAACCAGUUUUUAGGACAGGAGAUGACGGAUCGUCUCCAGGUUCCAAUGAUGAUGAAUCAAGACUUGAAUGAGGUGCAACUGUGGGAUGGGUAUUCUGGUCCAUCCUUGGCUCAUCAU